AUGGGGCCGCGGGAGCCGCACCGCCGGCUGGAGGCGGUGCUCGGCGCCCUCUACGACCUGGGUGAGGAGCCCGGCGGCGCACGGGGCGCCGCGCAGGACGGCGAGGGGAGCACAGGGGCGGCGGCCAAGGAAGGAGAAGAGGAGGAGGAGGAGGAGGAGGAGAGCCGGGCGCCGCAGCCGCCGGCGGGCGGGCGGCGCAGGCCCCGCGAUUUCUUCGGGGAGCUGCGGGCUGAGCUGAGCGCCGCCGCCGCCACUCCUCCGCCGGCCCCGGCCGCGCCGCCAGCCGUGGAGGUCGUGGUGUUCCGCGGGAGGAAGAGGAAGGAGCGGCCCAGCCCCGCGGCAGCGCCCGCCGGCGGAGCCCAGACCCAAAUAGUGAAUGAGGAGAAAAAUAUGAACAAACAAGAAUUUAACUUCGAAAAAGCUCGUCUGGAAGUGCACAAGUUUGGAAUCACUGGCUACAAGAAGCAUGAACAACGCAUAUGGGAACAGGAGCGUGCUAUCAUGCUGGGAGCCAAGCCCCCCAAAAAGGAGCAUGUGAACUACAGGAUCUACCAACAGAAAAUGAAAGAGAAAAAAGCAGUGAAAGAUGCUGAUAAGGAAAAGCAGGAACAUAAAGGUGAUUCUCUUAAGAAAAAGAAGAAAGAACAGAAGGAGAGGAAGGCCAAAAGGAAGAAAUCAGUGCCUAGCAUUUGGCCUGCAGGACAAGUUGGAAAAUUCAGAAAUGGGACCUUGAUUCUGCAAAGCCAUGACAUAAAGAAAAUCAAAUCAUCCAAAGUUAGGAAAUGAACUUAAUGAUAGAGUGAAAUGGACAAUUGCAUAAGAUAGAAUUCAUAUUGCUACCAACACAGACAGAGCCUCUCGCCUACCUACUACGCCAUAAUUUUUUAAAUUUUGUUGUUGCAGGAUUUUCUAUGUUCCAUUCUGCCUUGGGAAGAAUAUGAGAAUUUAUCAUUUUAUAAAUAAAAAUAAGAGUUUUUAUUAAGAAGGUUACACAGCCUAUUUUAUUAGUCAAUAUAUGCCAAAACAAACAUUUCACUUUUUAGAAUCAGCUUAUUGGCUGUAAGUAAAAUAUUAAUUUAAUCCAUUAACUAAUGGAUUAAAAUAUAUAUCUCUUCACUUUUAUAUGGAAGGAAUAUGGAAAAAGCAAUACCUUACUCACUCUGAACCUGAAGUGGGUGGUCUCCAAACAUUUACUGAACAUAAAUUUGUUUCCAUAUUUUUAUGGAGUGUUAGGGGCUAGUGGAACUGCACAGGAGAUUUCCUGUCUAGCAAAACCUCAAGGUUUCAAAAUUACCUUCUUUGGAAUGAAAAUAGUAUUUUUCUAAAGUUUUGUCCCAGUAGGAGUUACACACUCAACUUGUAUGUCUCUGCAGAGAUCUUCAAAUAAGCAGUUUCAAAUAGUGUUUUGUUGGCUUGGAUGGUUUGUUUUUAAAAACGAAACCAUGUAAGACUGAGACAAAAGAAGCAUAGACACUCAAUAGCUGCUGGUUGUUCCUGGGAACUUACGUUUGUUUUGUUCGGUGUCCCCAUGCCACUAAGGCGUUUCUGUGAAAUCUUUGUCAAAACUGAAGUUUUGGGUUUCAGCAGUUUGGUGUUUCUGGAAGAACAGUUUUUUCUUCUGUAGCUAAAUAUUUGUUGGGGUUUUUUUUUGUUUGGUUUUAAGGUGGUGUAUCCUUUAGAACUGGCAAUGGUUAGUAACCUUCCAAACUGAAAGAAACUUUGGGGUGUACUGGUACCCCUGUGGGCACGGAGCCUGAGCUAGGUGAUCUCUAACCCUGCGCGAGCAGCAAGGUCUGUGUCAGCUUGCAGUCAGCUAAUAGAGCAACAGCAUCAGAGGCUGCCCUUGUCUCAGAAUGGGAAAGUGUUCUGUGGUAGGGAGGGCCACCCCACAGAAAGGGAUGCUUUCUGGCACGCUCCUUCCCUCACACCUUCCACCUUACUGGAGGUCCUGGAAAAGUGCUCUGCCACCACAGAGAGGACUAAAAGGAGGGAGAGAGCCUGUAAGAAUCAAGAGGCAGGUAAAAAGUGGAAGGGAGUGUUUCUGGAGCCAUGUGGGAAGAGGAGGGGUGUGCAGAGUUGGGUUGCUAAAUGCUGUUAUCACAUUUCAUUAUUGCAUAAUUUGGUUUCUUGUUAUCCAGUAUUGGUUCAGAUUCAAACUGGAAUUAACAAUCCUAUCUGGUUACAGAC